AUGGACCGGUUCAGCACCUCCCGCACCUCUCCGAAAAUUUGGGACCCAAUCAAGAUCCUUGGUAUCAUCAAUACCGACCCAGGAUACCAGCACAUCACCUGCGUCGGCUACGCUCCCUCCAAAAGACGUCGCUGCCGAAUCAGAAUCAAUCAAUACAAUCGGCAACGCAUAACCAACACACUUGACGAGAUUUCUUUCCUCCAGCCCAACGAUCCAGCCGUCCUGUCUCGGUUGAAAAGUAUCGCUGGAGCAGCUCUCUGUGUUCGUUUCCACCAGGAUCAAGCUUCAGAUAUCCUUGAGCAAUGGCGCAGCAAACUUCCAAAGGUGAAAAAGAUUAGCAGUGGUACGGGGAAUAGAACGUCUGGUGCAAAGGAACAUAGCCAGACAAUGAAGGAUUUGCAGGAGCAGCUGAGGAAGUUGAGGGAGUUGAUGGACGAAGUUGAAGAGAAUAUACAUUCUCAACAUCCUUGUACUUCCGACGAGGAUUCAGAGGAUGACUUGACUGCCAGGACUCGUCGCAGGAGACAGGAAGCCCAGAGGAAGGAGAGAGAACGGCUGGAGCGUGAUCGUCUAGACAAAGAGCGGAAAGACCAAGAAGACAAACAGCGCCGUGAUGAACGACGACGAGCAAAAGAGAAGCGCGAAAAAGAAGAACGUGAGCGAACAGAGAGAGAAGCAAAAGUAGCCAGGGGGACCGAUCGGGCAGCUGCAUCCGAACGAGAUCGCCGGCGACAAGCCGCCGCCCAAGAAGGCGCCAACAAAGCUGCUCGCGACAGACGUGAGAAAGAAGAACAGGAGAAAAAACGCAUCGAAAAAGAACGCGCCGAGAAGGAACGCAAGGACCAGGAGGAAGCCAAGCGGAACCGCGAUGCUGAAUAUGCAGCCAGCAACGAGAGGAUUCGUCAGAGAGCAAGAGAGCGAGCUGAGCAGACAGCUCGAGAGAAGCGCGAGAAAGAAGAGAAAGAGCAAGCUGAGUUGGACCAAGCCUGGGUGAGAUAUCAGGAUCAAUGGAAGGUAUUCCGUGCUUCUGGAUCUCAGGGUGUUGAUCUAAGGGAAGCUAUUCCUUGGCCCGUGAAAUCCGGACUGUUGAGAGAUGUUGGUGCUUCGAAUGUUAAGGAUUUCUUGGAUAAGUCAUUGCCAAAGGGAAGCGAGAGGGUCAAGAUGCUGAGGAAAGAGUGCCAGAAGUGGCAUCCGGAUAGUGUUUGUCGCUGGUCGAGGGUAGGAGAAUUGACGGACGUGUGUAAGAUGAGUACGGAUAUGAUUUGUAGGGUGGUGACUGACAUGCUGAAUUCUUGUUCUGGGAGGUCAUCGGAAUUUUUAUGA